AUGUUAUUAAAAAAUCUCUUAUUAUCAACUCUGUUAUCCACUUUAGUGAUUGCCGAUGAUCAAACUACUACUUCUCAAGUGACAGUCACAAUCACUGAAACUUUGUUGACUCCUCAACAAUCCGCUCAACAUAAAGCCCUCGAACAAUCGUCGGCAUCUGCCGCUUCAUUAUACUCUGUUGAAUCUGUCGAAUCAGCAGCAUCAGCAGCAUCAGUUGCCUCAGCUGCUUCUAUUGUUUCUAUUGAAUCAAUUGAGUCUAUUGAAUCGGCAUCAUCUUUAUCGGCAGCCUCUGUUGCCUCCGUCGAAUCAGUAGAAUCUGCUUCGUCAGUCUCUGCGGCUUCUAUUGCUUCUCAUGACGCUUACUUAUCUUCAGUCUCUGCAGUUUCUGCAUCUUCUGUUUUGAAUGCUAUUGCGUCUGCUUCCUCUUUAGAAGCCGAACAUCGUAUUAUGAUUGCUUCUGCUUCCUCAGUCGCCUCAUAUGAUGCUUAUCUUUCCUCGGUUUCUGCUGCUUCUCACUCUUCAGUUUCAGCAGCUUCAGUUUCUUCUGCUUCAGCAGCUUCAGCCUCGUUUGUUUCUGCAAGGUCAAAAUCCGUUCACGAUCAAAUGGUGAGAUCUUCGAUGUCUCUAGCUUCACAUUUAGCUUACGAGUCUUCUUUAUCAAAGGCGUCCCAGAUUUCCCAGGCUUCUCAAGCUUCGAGAUUAUCAGUUUAUUCUGCUUCUGUUUCCGCACAUAAUGCACAACUUUCGAGAGAACAUGAAUCUCAAGUCUUAGCAAGCAAAUCACUUGCUUCAAAGAUGGCUCAAGCUUCUAAAAUUCACGCAUCUGAAGAGUCAGUUAGAUCUGCCCAACAAGCCUCAAUUUCAUCGGAAUCCGAGUAUAUGAAAACUCAUAUUACUACUACCCAUUCCUCCCUAUCAAAAGCUGGUGGCCUUUUAGCCAUCGCUUCCGAAACUACCACUAUGAAGACAGUGUCAACCUCUUCUCAUGCUCCGGUCAGCAGUAUCUCUAAAACUUCCCAUGGCGCAGGUAAUUCGUUGACUCCAGUUGCUGGGUCAUUAUUUGGCCUUAUCGGUUUCUUAUUUGCCUUGUCUAUCUGA